AUGGCUCAGGAUAAGAAAAUCCCAAAUGUGAGGACUGGUACGAACCUAGUUAAAAUUGUGGUUGUGGGCGUCGGAAGUGUUGGCUCUGCGACGGCUUACACGUUGCUUCUCAGUGGUGUCGUUUCUGAAAUUGUACUGAUAGAUAUCAACAAGGAGAAGGCAGAAGGUGAAAGUAUGGAUUUGAAUCAUGCGGCGCCUUCGACGACAAGAUCUCGAGCUGGAGACUAUUCUGACUGCGCAGGUGCGGAAAUUGUCAUAGUUACGUGCGGGAUAAACCAAAAGCAUGGUCAAACCAGGAUGGAUUUGGCCGCCAAGAACGCCAAGAUCAUGCAGGACAUUAUUCCAAACGUGGCCAAAUAUGCACCCGACACCAUUUUGCUUAUCGCAACAAAUCCUGUCGAUGUUUUGACAUAUGUCAGCUACAGGGCUUCAGGUUUUCCUUUAAAUAGAGUUAUUGGAUCUGGCACAGUUCUCGAUACCGCUCGCUUCAAAUAUAUUCUCGGAGAGCACUUUGAUAUAGCAUCAGAGAGCAUCGACGCUUGUGUUGUUGGAGAGCAUGGAGACUCGGGGGUUCCUGUUUGGUCUUUGACAAGCAUCGAUGGCUUGAAGCUCCGUGACUACUGCGAAAAGAAAAAUCAUAAUUUUGACCAGGACACCUUUCACAAGAUUUUUGAGCAGACCCGUGAUGCCGCUUACGAUAUCAUCAAACGUAAGGGGUAUACCUCGUACGGUAUCGCAGCCGGCCUACUUCGCAUUGUGAAGGCUAUCUUGGAUGAUACAAACUCCACGCUCACUGUCUCGACUGUAGGCGAUUAUUAUGGAGUGAAACAAAUUGCUUUGAGUGUCCCCAUCAAGCUGAACAAGACCGGUGCGCACCAAGCCGAUGAGCUUUCACUCGAUGAGAAAGAAACUGUGCUAAUGAAAAAAUCAGCUGGCCAGAUUAAAUCAGCACUCAGAACUCUGGACCUCGAGUGA